GACUUGGGAAAAGCAGCUCGUACUAAACGCGAUCGCUGCAUUAGCACCAGGGAUUAACGGCAGCUUUAGAGGUUAUUGUUAUCAUAUGAUAGUGUUUCCACUUCAAGUAAUUUCGACGGCCGAAGGCUGUUUGGCACACUUUGGAGCGGGCUAACAAAACGGAGGGAGCCUGGUAAUCGGUUGUUUCGCUGUUGGAGCGGACGGUGCUCUGGUUGUGGCCGGGCAGCCCCACCGGACUGUCGGACGAAACUGACGCUUCCACACGGAAUAUAACAGCAAUACGUUAUGAACCGUGGUGGGAGGUCAUUUUCAUUUUGACGUUUUAAAGCUAUACUACGGAGCCUGUCAAAGAGAAGUUUGAUUGGAGAGCUGAGUGCGCUUGAUUUCCAGUCCGAUGGAUGUUAGCCCUGCCCGGCUGUGGCUCGGCUCUCUGCUCCCCUGGUCUGAAAAUAACAGGUUAAACACCAACAAGCACAGGUGAACGCGUCUGUUCAUAACAAUGCUGCAGACCUGGCAAGUAAAUGACAGCCCUGGCCUGAAUGCCAACAAGUCGCCCUCCAUUGCGUGUCUGUAAACCUGGAAAUACCAACAACCAUCCCCUCCUCUUCUUCACCCCCACCUCUUCCUCCCUUCUUUUUUUGGACUAACAAGACUGGCAUUACCUGGGAUAUUUUGGAUUUAGGCUCGAUCUUGGCAUUUUUAAAAAUGUCCUUUUUGCAGAGACAGUGCCCUCUGGAGCAGCAAGACAUUUAAUUUUAUUCAGUCGUCUUGAGAUUGUUGGGCUUUUUUGUUUUUCUUUAUUCUCUUUCUAGUCAGAGGAUCAGAUUCGGAUGGAAAAUGGGAGACGCCACCAAACUGGCCUUCGCCGUUUUCCUCAUCUCCUGCUCUUCAGGUGCCAUCCUGGGACGCUCGGAGACGCAGGAGUGCGCCUACUACAACUCCAGCUGGGAAAAGGAGCGCACCAACCGCAGUGGCAUCGAGCCCUGCUAUGGCGAGAAAGACAAGCGGCGACAUUGCUUCGCCACGUGGAAGAAUGUCUCUGGAACCGUGGAGGUCGUCAAGCAAGGCUGCUGGCUGGAUGACGUCAACUGCUACGACAGUAACGAGUGUGUGGAGAGGAAGGAGAGUCCUGACGUUUUCUUCUGCUGCUGUGAAGGCAACAUGUGCAACGAGAGGUUCCUGUACGCCCCUGAUGCGCCCCCACAGAGUGACCCGCACCAUUCAACUGCCUACACCACCUCCAACCCAUUUUCCCAGAAGCCCCAGCUCUUCAGCACUCUGCUUUACUCGCUGGUUCCCAUCAUAGGCCUGGCCGCCGUUGUCCUCUUCUCUUUCUGGAUGUGGAGACAUCACAAACUGGCCUAUCCAGCUGCCCUCGUCCCCACACAUGUAAGUCUCACCAGCAGGGUGAAAACGUGUAAAUCCCUUCACUACUUUUUUUGUCUUCAUGUUUGGUCCACAGCGCUCAUCACUGUAGUGCAUUUGCAGAGGUCACCUGUCAAUCAAACAGUGGUGCAGGGACUGGGGUGACCUCUUUCUUUCGAA